UGUGCUUUUUAAGCGAGCAGCCCUGACGGCACCAUCUUCUACCCACUUUGCGCUCUCUCGGUCACUCUUUCCCCUGCAUUUUCUUUGCUCCCUCCCAUCUCUUUCUUCGCGUCUCUGCUCCUUUGAUCAGCACGAGUGUCAGCCAGAAGUACAGCGCAGCGGAGGGAAAGAGAGAGAGAGAGAGGGAGAGGGGGUGGCACCGCAGAGAAGACGACAUGAACAGUGCCACUGCUCUCGCAGCAUUAGGACAUUCACAAACUUUAUUCCUGCAAAGAUUGAAGCAUGAAUGAAUGGCAUAGAUUGUAGUCUAUUUAUUUGGGGAUGGAUCGGCGAAGUUGGCCUUGGAAAAAGAAGUCAUCUGAGAAGGUUAUGACUGCAAUUGAUUCCUCUCAUUCAACUUUGUCCAACACUGGUGGAAAUCAAGUCGAUCAGGAUGGUAACUACACUGUUAAUUAUGUACAGAUUUCUGCAGAAUCAUAUGCACACCUAACUGAAUUGGAAAAUCAAGUGAACAUUUUAAAUGAAAAAUUGUCUGCAGCACUAAUUGAGAUGACAGCUAAGGAUGAUCUAGUCAAGCAACAUGCUAAAGUUGCUGAAGAAGCAGUCUCAGGUUGGGAAAAAGCUGAAGCUGAAUCAUCCGCACUAAAACAUCAACUUGAAUCUGUCACACUGUUGAAGCUUACAGCUGAAGAACGUGCAUCUCAUCUUGAUAGUGCCCUGAAGGAGUGCAUGAAGCAGACAAGGAAUGUGAAGGAAGAAAGCGAGCAAAAAUUACAUGAUGUGAUCUUUGCCAAAACUAAGCAAUGGGAAAAAAUCAAAGCAGAACUAGAAGCAAAACUAGAUGCUUUCGAGGAGGAACUGCUCAAGGCUUCUGCUGAAAAUGCAGCACUUUCAAGGUCUAUUCAAGAGCGUUCAGAUAUUCUAAUGCAAGUUAGUGAUGAGAAGAUGCAAGCUGAUACUGAAAUUGAAGUGCUAAAGACCAAUAUAGACUCAUGCAAAAAAGAAAUUAAUUCAUUGAAAUAUGAGUUACAUGUCACUUCUAAGGAGCUUGAAAUUCGGAAUGAAGAGAAAAAUAUGAGCACAAAAUCUGCUGAUGCAGCAAAUAAGCAGCACUUGGAGGAUGUUAAGAAAAUAUCAAAGUUGGAGGCAGAAUGCCAAAGAUUACGUGGUCUUGUUAGGAAAAAGCUGCCUGGGCCUGCUGCACUGGCACAAAUGAAACUAGAAGUUGAAAAUUUAGGCCGUGACCAUAAGGAGACUAGAAUGAGGCACUCACCUGCAAAGAAUCCUAGUCCACAUCACAAAUCAACUCCUACUUGUGAUUUUGCUUCAGAAAGCAUCCACACAUUGCAAAAGGAGAACGAAUUUCUUACCACACAUUUAUUAACCAUUGAGGAAGAAACAAAGAUGUUAAGAGAGGCUCUGUCAAAGCGUAACAGUGAGUUACAGGCUUCAAGAGAUAUGUGUGCUAAAACAGCAAGCAAGCUUUGUAGUGUUGAAGCACAGAUGCUAGCUCUGAACCAACAAAAAGUCUCAUCAACACCAAAUAUUGAUGUCUCUUCUGAUACCACCUUAACCCAAAAUGAAAGCAACCCGUCAAGCCUGACCUCCAUGUCUGAAGAUGGAAUUGAUGAGGAAGGAAACUAUUCGGUACCUUGGGCUACAACGUUAAUGUCAGAGCUCUCACAGUUUCAGAAAGAAAAAGAUACUGUGAAGUACAAGAAUAUAGACAAUUCAAAUCAUUUGGAACUUAUGGAUGACUUUCUAGAGAUGGAAAGAUUAGCUUGUUUGUCAACAGAGUCCAAUGGAGCAACCACCAUAUCUGAUGGUGUGCUUGAUAAGAUGAAAACUGAAAAUACCAGUGCUACUUUACUAGGUGAUGUUCAGAAGGACGAUACUAGUGAAGUACAAGUGAUGGCAUCAGAGAAGCCAGAAAUUCUGCCUUGUACCAAUCAAAACCAUUAUGGACUUGUAAUAAAUAAACAUGAUCAUCUGUUGGUGAAACUUCAGUCAAGAAUAGCUUCUAUUUUCAAAUUGCAGGAUCAAGAAGUUGAUAUUGGUAAAGUUUUGGAAGAUAUAAGACAUAUCAUGAAGGAAACACAGGAAGAGUUGCCUCAGCACUCAAUAAGCUGUGCCAUUAAAGGAAAUUAUUUGACAGAUGCUUCUUGUGAUGAAAAACCUCGUCAUGAUGACAUCAAUGAGACCACCGAUAUUGUUAUCUCUAUGCAUGACAGUGUUUCAUCUGCUGAUGGUAAGAAUGACUUGGGUCAAGAGUUAAACAAUGUUAUAACUGAGAUUCAAGAUUUUGUUACAUAUCUUGGGAAAGAAGCUAUUGUUACACAAGAUCAUCCAUUUGAUACUCAAGGACUAAGUGAGAAAAUCCAGCAGUUCUCUUCCUGUGUUAAGGAUGUUCAACAUGAUGAAAAAUGCUUGAAUGAUGCUAUACUCAUUUUAUCCCAUAUUCUGUCUGAAGCCAAUAAGGUAGGCUUUAGGAUGUCAUUGGAUAUGAAUAAUGAAUGGAAAAGUAGUAUUUCAGAUUGCAUAGACAAAGCAACAUUACUCGAGAACAGAGUAGCUCAGCAUGAACCAAGAAAUGAAAAUUUCUCAGGGAGGUCUUCUUCAUCUCAUGUAGAGAUUGAUGGGCCUAUCAGUGAUAUCAAUGAACAAAGAACAACAAUGCAGAAAUUCUCCUUGAAGGAAUUUGAACAGAUGAAGCUGGAAAAAGAAAACAUGCAAGUGGAACUGUCAACUUGUACCAAAUUACUGGAAGAGAUGAAACUUCAGCUGGUUGAAAAUGAACAGAACAUGACAGAGCUUAGAUCUCAAUUGGCCGCUAGUAAAAAAUUAAAUAGCUUGUCUGAAACACAAUUGAAGUGUAUGGCUGAGUCUUACAAUUUGCUGGAGUCACGUGCGCGGGAAUUAGAAACUGAAGUAAAUGUCCUACAUUCAGAAGUACAGACAUUAAGCAACAAGCUUCAGGAAGAGAGGCAGUUUCACGAGGAUGAUUUGGCCAAAUUAAGAGAUCUUCAAGAGAAGAUAGACAGGUAUGAUAAAUGUUGCAUGUGCUCAGAUGCUUACACUGGUACCAACAAAAAACAGGAGAAAGAGAUAGAAGCUGCAGCUGAAAAGCUUGCAGAGUGUCAAGAGACCAUACUUAUGCUCGGAAGGCAAUUGCAAGCAUUGCGCCCACUGGCAGAACGAUCGGAUUCUUCCCCAAAGAAUAGAAAUCUCAUGACUGAUGACCAUUUUGAAGGUAAACCUGGCCCUAGUGGAUUUAACAUUCGAGCCAUGCAUAAAUCAAGGCACUCCAUGUCAGAGGUGGAAAGUUCUGCUGCUUUUAUAACACCAACACAUGGAGGUGAGUCUCCCUUGGAUAGAUUCGUCUCCCAGGUUUGCCCAUCUGACAUAGAAGCAGGUCAUCUUACAAGAUCGCCUGUCAACUCAAAGCACCGAAAGCAUAGGUUGUUCUACAGAGGAAGAAGUGAUCAGUAGCUUAUGCUUGUAGAGAUCUUUUCAAACGGAUAGAUUGAGUUCACUCUAGUUAAUGCUGGACAUCAGAUUGCAGCUUUGAGCCUGAAGUAGAUGAUGCUUGCUUCUGAUGGCAAAUGACUCCUUUACUGGCACUGCAAAACAUCAUUAUCCAUAAGGUUUGCUUGACUUGCAGCUUGCACGGAGGAGCAGCAUCCACGUCCUCGAUGAAGAUAAGUAAUUAUCAUGGCAUUUCGUGCGUUUUCUAUAAAUUUCUGUACAAAUUAAUCGUGAAAUUGUUGUUCCUUUUGAGGCACAAACAAGCUCUGCAAACAUCUGUGCUUUUUUAUGUACAGUUAAUUGGCUUAAAAGCUGCAAUCAAUUUCUAUAA